GUGGUCACAGGGCUCACCUGUGUUUAGUUUGACCAUCUGCCCCUCCCCAUCCAAAGCCCAUCUUCGCUCUGCAGCACAUGGACAUGCUGAACAGACCUCCAAUUGUUUCUGUGGUCAAGGAUGAAUCUGCAUCUCUCGCUCCGGGUGUGAGGAAGAAUUGUAUAAGUGGCAUGAGGAAGACGUGGGAGCCUGAAGGCAGAGAUGAGAUGUGCAAACAAGUGACUAAUAGGCCUACUGGACUGGCUGUUAAUUACCAUGCUUAUAUACUGUAUUUACUUCCUAUUUUCUUCCUGGUUAGACAGGUGCAUCAGCGAAUCAUGCUCCCCGUGUGUGGGUGAAGAAAAGUAAAGCUGGGAUUGCAUCUCUGUUGACACCUCUGCAGAUUCAGCGCGAAGCAGGGAGAGAGAAACACACAGACAUGCAGACAGAAUGAAUAGAAAGAGGACAGAGGGAGCGAGAGAGAGAGAGGCAGAGGCAGUGAGAGAGAAGAGUGAAAGAGAGACAGAAGAUAUAUUUGACUAUGUGGGUGUGUGAAGUAUCAAGGCAUGCAUCAUAACUGUGGAUUCUUCUUGGAGCAGCUGGACGUCUCAGUGCAGAAGCAGGACAUCUCUGGUCUCACAAAGUGUGUUACCUUGUACUUAAAAGCAGUGGGAGCUGUGAGUGCAGAGAGCGACACGAGAGACAUUUUCAAAGGCAAAAUGGAAACUGUUUUGUUUCUGCUGCCUCAGCUGCAUUAACUGGGAUUAUCAGACACAUACAAGAGCUAGUGGAAGGGAUGCAGACUGGGAAAUAAUGAUGCCUCUUCACUGUCAGUAAUCAAGAUUUCAAGUCAAGAAUUCGUCUGAGAUGGCCGUCAGCCCUAUCGUCGUCUGCCUCCUGUCACUGAUUGGCUAUGGCUCAUCCCACCCGUCUCCUCCUCCUCGGGGAUGCAGUGUGGAUGUGGACCCUCCGUACAGGGUGCUGUGUGACCUGGAGUCGGUCUGGGGUGUGGUUCUGGAGGCCGUGGCCUGCAGCGGCGGCCUCAGCUCUCUGGUCCUCGCCGUGCUCCUGCUAGUCAAGCUGCGCUCCAUUUCUGACCCCGCCAGGCGCUCUGGCGUCGGGCCUCUUCUCCUGCUCCUGGGCACGCUCCUCGGGCUCUUCACCAUCUCUCUGGCUUUCCUGGUGGGGAAGAACCAGGCGCUCUGUGUGGUCCGCAGGGCCUUCUGGGGCCCCCUUUUUGCCCUCUGCUUCUCCAGCUUGCUAGUGCAGGGGGUGAGGCUCAGGAGGCUGGUGGCUGGCAAGACGAGCCCAUCGGGCAGCUCCCUGGCAGCGCUCGGCCUGGCCUUGGCCUUGGUUCAGGGGAUCAUCUCGGCUGAAUGGGUCUUGCUGACUGUAGUUAGGGAGGGCCACCCAGCCUGUGAAUAUCCACCUUUAGACUUUGCUCUGACAUGCAGCUACACCCUGGGGCUGCUCCUCAUAGCCAUGGGGCUUUCGCUGGGGGUGGUGCUGUGUGGAGGAGAGAUGGGGGCAGAGGGAGCGGGCGGGAGAGAGGAAGAUAGGGAAGGAGAUAGUGAAAAAAGGCGAUGGAAGUGUAACGCAGUGUGGCUCUUCCUGUCCAGUCUGGCAUCAGCAUUGCUGUGGGUGGCCUGGCUGGGCUUUUAUCUGUACGGCAGCCAGGCGCUGAGGGGGAAGGGGAAAGGGGAUAGGCUGGGAGCAGGAAAGAAGGAUGUAAAGGUGUUGGAUGAGCCGGCGUUAGCGGUGGCCCUGGUCAUUCAGGGCUGGAUCCUGCUGCUCUUACAUGCUAUUCCAGAGGCGCACCUGUGUCUCCGGAAACCUCCGCAAUCCAACACUCAAGACUUCUUCGACACCAGUCACACGUCCCCUCCUCCACAUUUCGAAGAUGAGCUGCCUGCACACUCUCACCGACCCUUCCCGGAAAACCAGGCCUUCUCGAUGGAGGAGCACGGUGCAACUCUUCGAACUGGAACAUACCACAGCAGCCACGGGAGCGCCCGUCCUGGCAUCGCAUUCCGAGGUCACGUCUACCAACCCACUGAGAUGGCCCUGGUCAUGAACGGUGGAACAAUGCCCACAGCCCCAAUUAACUACACUGGACGACGGUUAUGGUGAUAUGGGACAAGACUUGAAGAGGAUACACUGGUGUAACACCAGCGUGUGAUAGUAGAAUUUCCUGUUGCCUAAGAAGAAAAGAUUUUAAAGACGCCACAUAUCACCCAGUAUGGAUUUGAAGGGAGCUAAAUAUGUUUAAUGUAUUUGUGUUUCUGCACACAUGUAUGAAUUUGACAUUUUAAGGACCAAGCCUAAUAGUAUUUUUGCUGAAGAUUAUAUGGGUUGCCUCUUUAUUGCCAGACUGGACAUGAAAUCACAAGAGAGGGAGAAAGUGACGCAGCUUCAGCAUUUAAGAUAUUUUGUCAUAACAUGAGAGCAUUUCCAGUGCAUUAUUUUGAUCAGCACAGAUAGCGUAUAUAGUCUUCAGUGUAAUAUGUAAAUACACUGACAAGGAGUGUGUAAGGAGGGUUAAAGAUGGUGGAAAACCAGUGUUCAGUGGAGUGAAGGGGAGUGACUGAAUGAGCUGCUGUUGGACCAGGAGCAAGAAAAGAUUAAAGGAUGAUUUGAAUGUAGUGAAGAAAAUAUUUUGCCUGAGCAGCUAAUGCUGUUCCUCACUGAUGCCGUCAGUGAUGUUCGCUUCAUGAAACUACACUUUCCAUCUCUUUCUAUUUGAGGUCAAGCUACAAGUCAGAAAAAAAUUAAACAAGCUUUAGGAUGUUUAUGUAAAUUACCUGCAUACGCCCACAAAGCGUGCUUGGCCUCUGUGUUACAUGCUGGAAAGACCCAAAGUACUCAUAGUGUUUUUCUCUCCAUAUCGCCAGUCAAUUAUCAGUGCUAUUGGACAGUUUGGUGCAUUUCACCAUGUGUAUUGAUAAAUGUCAUGCAUUCAACGCAGCUUGUGCAGCGUUCUGCAGGAUGAUGAUUUAAAAGGCCGUGGAUGAGUCUACUGCUCAUGGAUGAGUAUUUUUUAAUAAGCAUAUCACAAAAAGCCAUUUAAUACUGCUAUGCCUAUGCUGCAGUAUACAGGGGUUACUGCUGGAGGUUGUAAUUUUGCACUUUAUCAGCGCUGAUCAUGUCUGGGCAUUGUGAUAUUUGAGAUGCAUGUAAAAGCACAGUUUAAAGGUAAUGUAUUUUGUCAAAAUUCAUGUAUUUUGAAUGUUUUCUAGACUUUUGAUAUACGUAUUGAAGAGAAAUACUAGUUUUAGUGUUGAGUUUCAAAGUUCAUUCUUGACAUUGGAAACAGCGGUAUACAAAACAAUCUGAAGUGCUCAGGAUGUGGAAAUGUAAGCAUCUCCCCAUCUGCCGAGGAAGACGAUGUGGUACAAACUGAAAGAGCUAUUGUGCUUCAGGUUGGACUGGGUUGUCACCUAGUUUCAGUGUGUUUUCGCUCAUGUUUUCCAGGGGUUACUUUGGAUUCAAUAAGGCUACUGAUCAUUAUACAUUUGUUUGAGAUGUAUGGCAACAUCUCAUUAUAGUCUGUCAUUCCGGAUCCCUUUCAAUUUAAAAUCCCACUGAAUACUGAGAAAGCGUUGAGUCAGCCAUCACUGUGAAUAUAACUGGAAUAGAUUCAAAUGUAUGUAUACUGUUUAUAUUGGUGACACUGCAAAGUUUGGCUCCAAGUCCAGACAAAUUUCUAGUUGGCAGCUGCUGUUGAAAUUCAACCGCAACUGGCAACUGAGCUCGGAGGCAAAACGACAAAUAAAAAUCCCUUCAUAUUUGACUGGAGGGUUGCAGUGUCCACCUCCUCAGCAACACUGAAUUCAAUACAGGACAAUUUAUCCAGUUCAAAUACAACUCAAAGAACAUUCAAAUUCAUGUUGUGACCAUUACUUCUUGCUAUAAGAUUAAACUAAAUAACUAAAAUGUCAAUAACUUUGCUUUUGUGUUCGGGUGUGGGCUCUGAUAUUGUACAAUGAAAAUAUUAUUAGAGGAUUUUUAUGUAUUAACCCUAUAUAAGUGAGUUUUAAUCAUGUAAAUAAUCCAAAUGUGAAAAACCAAUGGUAUUUUCCUUUUGGAAUGCUCUUAUGAUGAUAGCACUGUCACUGUUUUAUGGCAGCGUAACAUGAAUGUCUGUAAUGUGAUUUGCACAAAGUGGCUAAUACACCAGUAUACAUUUUCUGUUUAUUAUUGUCUGGUCAUUGAACUGAUCUUUCU